UUCAGUCGUCUACUGAGUAGCGCUGGCGUCGCGUCAGUCCUCUACAAGUCGGAUAACGCGACGGUCGUGUCCCGUCAUUCUCGUUCAUUAUUUAUUCUAGUUAUAGUGUUUCGUUGAUUUACUCAUCACUAUGAGCAUUAGUUACGUGGAAUAAACAUUUUAGUGUUUAGUUGCAACUAUAUUAGGGGUCAACUCUAUUUCAAGUUGUGUUUUUGAACUGUAAUGACAUUUUGUGAGUUUGUGACAUUGUGACAGUGACAUUUGGAAAGUUUCCGAGAAUUUGGAUUUGUUUUUUAAUAUUUUUGAAACUUUUUCAAGAAAGUGAAUAAGUUAAUAAAUACAAUAUUGUAUUGUAUUUAACAUUGGGAAUGUGGAUGUGAAUGAUAGUAUAUUCAUGUGUACACAAGUUUGAGUGAAUCGCGGCCUCCUCACGACAGGUGGGAGGAACACGUACGGAACGUUGUUCUUUGAACAAAUGUGCUUUAUUGAAAGGCGAGGAACAACAAUCUGUCCUUUAAACAUGACGUUAGCAGCGAGGUUAUCUCCUCAAAAUGCCUGUGUGGAAGUGGCGGUGCCGCUAAGUAGUUGGUCGACGGGAGUAGCAUGCUGCCCCAACUGCAGGCACGAGCUACGCGUGUCACUAGCCCCGCACGCGGGCAAGUGCCACGCAUCGCCCCACACUCCACCCCCCUUCACGGUCCAGCCGACAUACUUGCCACACUCACCCACCACAGUUCCCACAUCACCGUUCAUCCCUUCACCAUACAACGAUGAGCUGAGGCGGUUAGCAGACACCCUCAGAGCAUUGAGGCUGUCUGGCUGGUACUACGGCAGUUUGGACUGGCUGGGCGCCCGAACAGUUUUGAAAGACGCGAGCGUUGGCGCGUUCGUGAUCAGAGACUCUGGCGAUAGGAACUUCAUAUUCUCAUUAUCAGUACAGACUGAGCGAGGCCCCACCUCCGUGAGGCUGCACUACGAACAAGGGUUCUUUAGGUUAGACUGUGACAGACCGCUGGCGAGGUAUAUGCCACGCUUCAGGUGUGUGGUGGAGCUAGUACAACACUACGCGCGAGUGGGAGAGCGCGGCGCGGCGGGCACGGUGUGGGUGGACCGCGAGGGCUGCCCUCACUCCCCCGUCAUGCUGAAGUCCCCGCUCCGCAAGUCUCCCCCCUCGCUCCUCCACGCGGCUCGCCUGGCAGUACACAAGGCCCUCGACUCCAACCCCCUCACGCCAAAACUAUGGACCGCGCCCAAACACAGGCUGCUUCCACUACCUUCCACACUUAUAGACUAUCUCGGAGAAUAUCCGUACUCGAUCUAACGCUCCGAAUAUUCGUAUAUCUUAGUUAUUUAUUUAGUCCAAUCUGAGCGAUGCCUAGUGAAGAUAUUAGUUAUUAUAGAAGUGGUCGCGGACGGUCACUGUCUCAAUGAUCGUGGUCAGAUUCCUAUGACUGGGUGGCGGAUGGGUCGAUGUACUGAGCUGCUAGUUUCCUAAGGUGGACUUCGAGUUUGCAUUAUCAUAAUAUUAUAAUCUUAUUUGUACAAAUUAAUAUGCAUUGUAAUACCUAGUACAGGUUACUAGAAAGGGCCGGAUCCUUUAAAUACCGACUAACAAAAUAAUUUAUAAAAUAGUAAAAUUAAAUAAUGUUAACUGUAUUAUUUGUAAGUAUUGAAUAUGGGACUCAACUAUGGUAUUUAGUGAAAUGUUUUCGCAGAUUAUUUUUAUUAAGCCUAUUCUGUGUCUGUAUAUAAAGAUGUUUUGAGAAAAUAACGCAAGACUGAUUCCUUGACCUUGAAGUACUGUUUGUGCAAGUAUUGCGUGAAUACGUUUCCGCCGCGUCCCGCAGCGCGCCCGCCGGCUGUGUGCCCCGCAAUGAUUCCCUGCUGAUAUUAUUAUUGUAGCAAAUUGUUCACUAAUGCCUAAUCUUGUCCAUCGUGUUAAGCAAGUCAUCACAUUAUAUAAUAGAGCUAUAUUUUUAUUUAUUUAUUCUUGGUUAAGUUAGGAUUACGUGGACCUUACAAUAUUUGUUCUUUUUGUUCCUAUUCACGGUUGGUAGACACGUGUCCCUUCAUGCCGGUGUCUCGUGCACUCGGCACUCACACAUACAUAGCCUAGUUAUAUUAAAGUGCCAUCAAAUCAUUAAAAAACCAUAUUGAGAACUGUAAUAUUUAAUUGAAAUGGAAGUAUUUUGAGGCUGAACAUCAUGUACAUAGUUCUUGUUUUGUUUUUCUAUUUAUUUCCUUUUAUUGAUAAGUAAUGAGAAAAUAUGAAUAUAUAGUCGCCACUGUGUAACCAUGUAAUGGUUUAGUGUUGUGUAAGCUUUGUUUGUGCUCAACUUUGUGACAUUGGGAGGUAGUAAUAGGAACUUCAACGUAGCUGGAUACUGUUUCAUUACGCUGUAGAAUUAAUAAUUAAUAAUAAUAUAUAAUAUUUGUACUGUCACCAAGUUAAACACAAGCAAGGCGAUAGAAUGUGAAGAGAGUUCGGCUAGUGACAUUCACUUAUAUAGGAUAGAUCAUGUAUGUACCUUGAAUAAUCUCAAUUAUACUUAGGCUUCACAAUAUGAAUAUCAUUUAUUAGAAAAAUAUCCAUAAAUAUUAAAUUAAUGAGCCUCAAAAUUAUUUAAUAAUAAUCUUAUAAUUACCUAUCCGUUGUCUUCGUAAUAUAUAUAACCAAUUGUCUUUGAAACGAAGUUAUUUUUGUAAUUUGUAUUAUUUUUGUCUGCAAAUAAUUUAUAUACAAAAAAACAAAAUAUACAUUCUGCCUAUAA